AGUUACUCAAAACCUAUUAACAAGUUCUUAAUUUACUAACAACUUGCAGGUUCCCGCAUUUUUACUCGGAAAUUUAUAAUCAAGCUCGUUUCCUACUCUGGAUUGAUUGAAUCCAGAAGUUUGAUUUUUCACUUUCUGUAAAGUUGUAACUCAAUAUAAAUCAAAAUGAUUCUUGCUUAAAAUUAUAAUUUUGAAUCCUCAAAUCGAUGUGAUUUUUCGUUUAGAAUCUAUUUUCAAUAUUUCUCUUAUUAUCUCCUCUUCAACAAUUUACAAUGUCAUUAAAAAGGAAAGUAAUGCGAGAUAUCAUUCAGAAAAUGAAAGACCCCGUGGUUGUGACCAAGCGAAUUGUGAAAAGAAAAAAUAUCGAUAAACUUGAUAAAACCUAUUGCUGUGUGCCUCAGUGCAAAACCUAUGGUUUUAAAAAUGCUGAUGUAAGCUUUCACUGUUUCCCAUCGGAAACAUCAGACCCUCUGCGACGUAAAAAAUGGAUUUUAGCUCUAAGAAUAGGAAAACCAGUAACCACUGGUAUGAGAGUGUGUUCCAGACAUUUUCGCACUACUGAUUAUAUGUACCCAGAAGUUUCUACUUGGAGGCCCUGUUUGAAAAAAGACAGUGUACCAUCUUUAAAUUUACCUGUGGAUAAUCCACCUCCAAAACCGCGUAAAAAAGUUACUCUACCUAAAAGUAAAGAAUCUGAAGAACCUGCGGAAAAACCUGUUCAUUUUAUCAAAGUUAAACCCGUGAAAAAUGCAGAUGAUAUAAAGGAAGAACCUAAAGAGUAUGUGGAUGAUGAUGAUGAUCCAUUUGCCUUACAAAUAAUUACUAGUGAUGAAGAGUCAUCAGAUGGAUUAAGUGAAUCUAAAAAAAUGAAACUUACAUCUAAUGCUCUGAAAGACACAUGGAACAGCAAAAUUUGUGGAAUUGAGACUAGAUUAGCUUAUAGUGAACCAUGAAUUUGGAUUAAUCUUCAAGUUCAGAAACUUGCGAAUUUUAAAAUAUGAAAUUCAUAUUUGUUUUCAUUUCAAGCUGAUGCAAUUUUUUGGAUUGAAAUAUUAUUGUAUAUUCAUGUAAAUAUCAAAGUUAUGUCAUUUUUUUUAUUUUGGUUAUUUAUGUUUAAAGAUUGUCUUUUGUAAUACUCAACUGCUAAAACCGUUUCCAUGUAGUGGAAUAUUGUAUGUUUGUGAUAUGUAUUAAAGUGUGUUCUUUUA